GGCUUCCUGUGGAAUUUUGGGGCCCCUGUGGUACCGCUCCACGCAGUUCAACCACAAAUCAAAACAGAAGAAUGGAGUCCGAUGUACGAGACAAUCCUCGAUGUUGUCCGGCAUCAUUGGUGGAGAUCGCCUUUCGGGCUGUCACCACACCUGACCCAGACUCCGGGCUGAGUCAUCUUCACACGGCCUGCAUCCAUGGUAAUGUGUACACGGUGUGGCUUAUCCUUGAAAUGAGUCCCAGUCUCCUCGACAGCGCCAUCGUUCUAACAAAAGUACGUACAGGAGAAAAUGUACCACAACUGAACGAUCUGACUGCACUUACCCUUGCAAGUCUAGGAAACUCUAAGCGGCAUGAGGCUAUUUAUAAAAUGUUGGCAAAAAUUGAGAAAAAAUUUAUGGGGAUGUCUUUAGUCCACGUUGCUGCCUGCAGCGGAAGCUAUGAAAGCCUUAAAAGACUGUUAUUGCUUGGAAUGGACCCAAAUAAGACUUCAAAUCAAGACGUGACGCCGUUAAUGCUCGCAGCGACUCGUGACUGUACGGAUUUUGCGGAGCUAUUGAUAGAGGGCGGAGCAUCAGUGCAAAUGACUGACAGCUCUCAACGUGGUGCCAUUCACUACGCAGCCUCCUGCGGGAAAACACGCACCGUGGAACUUUUACUGGAUCACGGAGCGAGCGUAAAUGAUAUCACCGACAGACGUAACACCCCGCUGCAUUUGGCCGCUACCAAUGGGCAUACCAAAACAGUGGCGGCGCUUAUCGAAAGCGGAAGUGACGUACAUGCUAAGACAUCAGGGGCGGACACCCCGUUGAUGCUUGCGGUUGUCAAGGGACACAAGAAGACAGUGAAGUAUUUGCUAGCGCAUGGCAGCUCUGUGAACACUCAGGGAGGACUGGAUUUCACUGCGCUACAUUACGCCGUGAGAGAGGGCUUUGCGGAUAUUGCACGACUUUUGAUCAAGAAGGGGAGUAAUCUAGAGGCGACUACGUCUGGUAAAACGCCACUACAUCUUGCUGCGACUGCCAAUAGAUGCGAAGCUGCUAAGGUAUUGUUCCUGUACGGCAGUGACAUGGACGCGCAUGACAUGUUUGGUCGCACCGCUCUCCACUACGCGGCCCAGCAGGGUCACAUGGAGAUGAUCAAGCUACUUGUGACCCGUGGUGCGGAUAUCCACACGCGGGACUCCGAGGGUCAAACCCCUCUCUUCCAAGCGACCAUCUUUGAUCAGAAAGAAGCUGUCAAUGUCCUUCUACUACACGGCGCUUGCGUAAAUGCAUUCGAUCAUCGCAACAGGAGUCCACUUCAUUUCGCGAGUCAAGAGGGGAACACGGCCAUUGCGCAGUUGCUGAUCGAGCGUGGGGCGGAUGUGGACGCGGUGGCAUCCAAUGGGGACACACCCUUGUUUGUUGCAGUAGGAUACAGUAGCAUUGAAAUUGCAGAGAUGUUACUAAAGCAUGGCGCCAUAGUAAACGCGCGAAAUACCAGUUACGUCACACCCCUACACAUUGCUGUUGGCAACGGGCGCACGCGCAUAGCUCAGUUACUCAUCGCCAAUGGUGCUGACCUGGAGGCCGAGACGAACGAUGGGGAGACAGCCCUGCAUGUGUGCAGCAGGAGGGGGCUACAGGAGGUGACGGUGCUGUUGUUAGAAUGCGGGGCGAAAGUUGACGCGGCAGAUGGGGGUAACCGUACCCCCCUCGCCUCCUCCCUUGCCGAGAUGCAGCUGGGCGUGGCAGAGGUGCUACUAAGACAUGGUGCUAAUCCCAACUGUAAGGAUGCGCAGGGUUCCUCUCCCCUGCACACGGUGUAUGGCAUUCUACGUCACGUGGUCUUUGAUGAGAGGAUUCCAUUUCUCUCCACAAAGCUUCUACUAAAGUUCGGUGCCGAUAUCAAUUCCGUGGACCUCCGUGGUCAGACGCCACUUCACGUAGCUGUGCUAGCCGGGGUCCCUGUGCUUGUACAACAGCUUCUCGACGCAAGUGCAAAUGUGAAUGCCGCUGACCGGGAAGGGUUUACGCCGAUGAUGAUAUCACUGCUCCACGGGAGGCGACCAGAGUUCGUCGUCAGGUUGUUGUUGCGUUACGGAGCUGACGUGGCCGUAAGUGACACAUACGGCAGAACGGCGUUACACUACUCUGCCGGUAUCGCCGGGUCACGCCGCGUCUGUGAAUACCUCCUGGCGCACAAGGCAGACAUCGAUAAGGCUGACAACGAGGGGAACGCCCCUCUACACCUGGCGGCGCUGCACCGCAGCACUCCGACCGCUGACAUUCUCAUCAAGAAAAAAGCCUCUAUACACCAGGUCAACAAAGAAGGUCGCACUCCACUCCAUUGCGCGGUGGCUGCAAAAUGCUCGUGUACACAUGGUUGCAGGCGAUGUGUCUGGAAAUACAACACUGUGGAGUUACUGGUGGAAGAAGGCAGUGACGUAAACGCGACAGAUAACGAUGGUAACACGCCCCUUCAUCUGGUGACAGCGUCAAUCACUGACACGACAACUGCAAACCUGAUCAUUCGCAAGGGAGCCAACGUUCGUGCCGUGAACAAGCAGGGAAGCACUGUGCUGCACUUAGUCGCGGGCAUGUCCUGCGAGCGCAGCCGUGAGAGGUUUACGAAGUCGCGCUGGACCUUCGGAACUGCUGAUGUACUUGUCAGACGAGGUGCUGACGUUAAAGCCGUGGAUCACCAUGGUAACACACCACUUCACUGCGCAGCCGCAGCAGGUCGCGAUGACAUUGCCAAGCUUUUGAUUGACAAGUGGUCAGAUGUGAACGCCCUCAAUAAGGAGGAUCAGAGUCCUCUUCAUCUCUCCGCAAGAGUAGGUUCUAGCGAGGUUACUCAGCUACUACUGGAUAAAGGCGCUGACCCAAGGUUACUUGAUGCGCAGGCGCGCACGCCUAUGGAAAUGGCGAUCGACUCGGGGCGAGUCGACGUAAUAGAAGCGAUUGAGCGUGCCCUGCUGAACGGAGAAGGCAGCUGAUAAUAAAUUUACCUCUGAUCGCGAUGUCAGUUCAGAAGAUAAAAGAUAAUAGCUAGUCUUAUUCAAAGGAAAAAGCAUUCAAAAUCGCGGAAUCUCCCCUUCAAGAAAAUUGACAUGACAUAGUUGUAUGAACCGGUUCUUUUGUAAUCGCCUAAACAGAAGCCAUCGAUAGCGACUUUUCUUUGUUCGAUAAAUAAACGGUUUUAAUAGGGAA